AUGGAGAUGUGGCGCCAGUGUGCCCACUGGCUCAUCCAGUGCCGUGUGCUGCCCCCCAACCACCGGGUGACCUGGGACAGUGCUCAGGUGUGCGAACUGGCCCAGGCCCUCCGUGAUGGCGUUCUAUUGUGCCAGCUGCUCAACAAUCUCAUGCCCCAUGCAGUCAACCUGCGCGAAAUCAACCUACGACCCCAGAUGUCCCAGUUCCUGUGUCUCAAGAACAUCCGGACGUUUCUGUCAACCUGUUGCGAAAAGUUUGGCUUGAGAAGGAGUGACCUCUUUGAAGCCUUCGACCUCUUUGACGUUCAAGAUUUCGGAAAGGUGAUUGACACCUUGUCAGUGCUGUCAUGGACGACGGUGGCUCAGAACAAGGGGAUUAUGCCCUUCCCCACCGAAGACAGCGUUGCGGAUGAUGACAUUUACAGUGGGCUGUCCGAUAAGAUAGAUGAUACAGUGGAAGAAGAUGAAGACCUGUACGACUGUGUGGAGAAUGAGGAGGCAGAAGGAGAUGAAAUCUAUGAGGACCUGAUGAGGUCAGAGCUGACCAUGAUGCCGCAGAAGAUGACAGAGCUGGAUAAGAGGAGCUGCUGCCUUCAAGAGAUUAGGCAGACAGAGGAGAAGUACACCGAUACACUAAGAUCCAUCCAGCAGAACUUCUUGAGACCGCUUCAGCGGUUCCUGAAGGCUCAGGACAUCGAAACCAUCUUCAUCAACAUAGAGGACCUCGUGAAAGUUCACAGCCACUUCCUGGAGGAUCUCAAGAAAGCCAUCACCCACAACAAUGCUCAGAACCUCUUCCAGGUGUUCGUCAAGUACAAAGAAAGGUUUCUCAUCUACGGGCGGUACUGCAGCCAGGUAGAGUCUGCCAGCAAGCACCUGGAUCAAGUGGCAAAUGCCAGAGAGGAUGUUCACAUGAAGCUGGAGGAAUGUUCCCAGCGAGCGAAUAAUGGGAGAUUCACUCUGCGCGAUCUCCUGAUGGUGCCCAUGCAGCGUGUGCUCAAAUAUCAUCUCCUUCUGCAGGAGCUGGUGAAACACACUGUGGAUUCGACAGAGAAGGAGAACUUGCGGCUGGCGCUGGAUGCCAUGAAAGAUCUGGCCCAGUGUGUGAAUGAAGUUAAGAGAGACAACGAGACUCUGAAACAGAUCACUAAUUUCCAGUUGUCGAUAGAAAACCUGAACAAAUCUCUGGCUCACUACGGAAGGCCCAAAAUAGAUGGCGAACUGAAGAUCAUCAGCACGGAGAAGCGGUCCAAGACGGACAGGUAUGCCUUCCUUUUGGACAAAGCUCUGCUCAUCUGCAAACGGCGAGGUGAUUCGUACGACCUGAAGGACUUUAUAAACCUGCACAGCUAUCAGAUCCGGGAUGACUCCUCAGGGGAGCGGGACAGCAAGAAGUGGACUCACAUGUUUCUCCUGAUCGAGGAUCAGGGCCCCCAUGGCUAUGAGCUCUUCUUCAAGACCCGGGAGCUGAAGAAGAAGUGGAUGGAGCAGUUUGAAAUGGCCAUAUCCAAUAUCUACCCUGAGAAUGCCCUGGCGAACGGCCACGAGUUCCAGAUGUACUCCUUCGAGGAGACCGCCUCGUGCAAGUCCUGCCAGAUGCUGCUGAGAGGCACCUUCUACCAGGGCUACCGCUGCAACCGCUGCCGGGCGCCAGCCCACAAGGAGUGCCUGGGGAGGGUCCCCCAAUGUGGAAAGCAUUGCUCAGAGUUUGGGUCAACUGUGAAAAAGUGCAAGUCCAGCCGGCAGGGCCAAGAGAAGAGGAAGAAUGAGCUUGGUUUACCCAAGAUGGAGGUGUGUCAAGAGUACAUUGGACUGCCUCCUCCUCCGGUGGCGUUUGGGCCCGCGCUGCGCCUGAACCCUGGAGACAUCGUGGAGCUGACCAGGGCAGAGGCAGAACAGAACUGGUGGGAGGGUAGAAACACAUCCAGCAACGAGGUCGGCUGGUUUCCGUGCAAGAAAGUCAAACCGUAUGUCCAUGGUCCACCACAGGAUUUAUCUGUUUAUCUUUGGUACGCGGGACCCAUGGAGAGAGGAGACGCCGAACAGAUCCUCACUUCCCGCUCGGAUGGGACCUUCCUGGUGCGGCAGAGGGUGAAGGAUACAGCGGAAUUUGCCAUCAGCAUCAAGUUUAACGUGGAAGUCAAACACAUCAAGAUCAUGACGGCUGAGGGCCUCUACCGCAUUACUGAGAAGAAGGCCUUCAGAGGGCUGACGGAGCUCGUGGAAUUUUACCAGCAAAACUCCCUCAAAGACUGCUUCAAGUCCCUGGACACCUCCCUGCAGUUUCCAUUCAAAGAACCAGAAAGGAGAGCCAUUUCCAAAACCCCAGCAGGAAAUACUAAGUACUUUGGGUCAGCCAAAGCCCGUUACGACUUUUGUGCUCGGGACCGGACAGAGCUGUCCCUCAAGGAGGGUGACAUCAUUAAAAUCCUCAACAAGAAGGGACAGCAGGGCUGGUGGAAAGGGGAAAUCUAUGGCCGGAUCGGCUGGUUCCCCUCGAACUACGUGGAAGAAGACUACUCCGAAUACUGUUGAAGAUUGAGUCUAGUUUCUGGGGUGACGGAAGCCUGGGGAGUCACAGCCUGCGGGAGCACUGAAAAAGCACAUCCUGAGAGGUUCCAACCUACAGCCAAGGUGGCAUGGUGUCUUCCUGCCAGCACGUUCUCAGGAAUACUCCUGGACUAUUAAUUUAUAAAGCUUCAGUUUUCUCUUUUCUCUUUCACGGUGGCAUGGGUGUA